AUGUAUGUACAUGGGUUGUACUCCCUACUAGCCUUGGCCUAUCCUAAUUCGCCACCAGAGCAUCCGACACACUCACUUUACACUUGCUGCAAGGCAAAUCCCAUGAUCCCAACAUCUCGCGUUGCCUUCUCUUCCUAUCGUCACACCAGCAAACUACAAUCUCCACUCGCCGCCCCACUCGCGCAGCCACUCCUCCAUUCCGUUUUUGUCCGCCUCUACUACAAACACCCCAUGUCUCGCAAGCGAGUGAACCCAGUAAGCAUGCAGAUAUGA